CUCCAACACAACAAGAACGUGCCGAGGAGUGGAGUACUAAAUGGCGUUGGCGACAUAUGUAUUUGGAUAUGUGAGGGACUUGUGGAACAGAUGGAACAUCCAAGCCGCCAUGCUGGCCAGUCUUGUUAUUCAAAUCAUCUUGAUUUUUUCUGCACGCUCAAGGAAACGAACCAAGGACCACCUGAAGAUCUUCGUGAUAUGGUCGAUUUAUCUGCUGGCUGACUUUGUUGCCAUAUUUGCAAUAGGCCUCAUAUACAAUGAAGCCAGACCAACGUAUAUAACUACCGCUGACGUGGCCGCCGUGGGGGAGAUUGCUGCUGCAACCCAAGCAUGUUCUUCUUCAUGCGAUAUUGCUGCUAGCCGCCGACAGCCAAAACACAUCGCGGCAUUGUGGGCACCGUUUCUCUUGCUGCACUUGGGCGGCCCUGACACCAUCACGGCUUUCUCUAUUGAAGAUAAUGAGCUGUGGGAUCGCCAUUUGCUCAAACUCAUCGUUCAGCUUGUUACGGUUUUGCUGCUUUUCUUCCGCUACCAAACAUUCGACGCCCACAAUAAUCCAUUCUUGAUCCCAACACUACUCAUCUUUGUGGCUGGCUUCAUCAAAUACGCUGAACGAACCUAUUCCCUCAAACUUGCUUCUCUCACCAAUAUGAUGAAGUCGAUGAGCCCCAAACAACCGGAAAAGAUGCCGCCAUCUGUGAUGAUUGAGGUGGGCGGUCGUCAUCAAGAAGUCUCCAAUAAUAAUAUUAUUAAUCUGACAGACACGGAGGUAGUGGAACAUGCAUUCAAGUUUUACAAGAUAUUUAGAGGGCUUGUUGUUGAUCACACGUUUGGUUUUGACGAGUGGAAACACAGCAAGAGUUUCUUCUCCAAGUUAGAGAGUGAAAACGCUUUCAAAGUGAUGGAAGUGGAGCUCAACUUCAUGUACGAAGCCAUGUUCACCAAGAUGAUUACUGUCCAAGGCAAGAUUUUAGGCUACACAUUUCGCCUUGCCACCAUUUUUCUAAUUGUAGCAGCCACUGUGUUUUUUGUGGUAUUCAUCCCCAAGAACGGAAUUCAUCACCUUGACCUCAAGGUUACGCAUUGCUUGCUUGCUGGCGCCGUUAUCUUAGAUGCCAUAGCUCUCAUAGAGUUAUUUUUUUCAGACUGGACUGUAGCUCUGAUACUGCUGAGCAAGCAAAGAUGUGAAUGGUUAAAACAAUGUGCACAAGGAAUUAACAAAGUCUGCAAGUGGAUUUCGAGCAGGAGGCGUUGGUCCGGGAAGAUGUAUCAGUAUAGCUUCAUCAACCACUCACUAAAGAAACAAUGGAAAUGGGUCAAUAUCAUUCUUGAUUACUUUGGGCUCAAGGAGAGAGUCUACUCAUAUUUAUACACUAAAAGACAGCCAGUUACACAUCAACUGAGGGAGUUAAUUUUCAAUGAGGUUAAAGAAAUUGCAACACAGACAACAGCCGUUGCAAAUGAGAUAAUUUUGUCUAGAGGCAAGCGGACUCUCCUUGAAUGUAACUGCGGAGAAUCAAUCAUGACUACGGUGGGGCAAGAUGUGGGGUUCAUUCAAAGUGUGUUGUUGUGGCAUAUUGCUACUGAGAUAUGCUACUUUAAUUUUGGUGGUUACAGGUAUUAUGAUGAUGAUGAUGAUCCUGAAAUAUGUAGAUAUAUCUCUGAAUAUUUGUUGUACCUUCUGGUGAUGGAGCAGAAAUUCACCUCAGCAUUAGCAGGAAACUUUGAAACUAGAGAUACGUGUGAGAAAAUCGUAGAAACCACUUUCAAAGAUACCCAUGAGGAAGCCUGGAAUUUCUUUAUUGCUAACACAAAGCAAAAUCCGGAACUAUUCAAAAGAUAUGCAUCAUUUCUUAGGUCUAACAAUGUUGUCCUAGAUAUUUACAUUUGCUUGAGGAGCAUGUGGUUUUCAACGAGGUAUGCGAUACGGUACAUAGCUAAGCUGAUAUGUUUUUUCAACAAGGAUAGUACAACUCAUCGGGAGAUGACGACAUUAUGGGAGGAAUGGAAGAUGAUGAAAAAUUAUAGGGAAAGAAAAUCUGCUUGUGAAUCAUUAAUUGGAAAAGCUACCCUUCGACGACAAGAGCCAUCAGAGGUGAAAGGGAGAAGUAAAUCAAUGUUGAUUGAUGCGUGUAUCCUUGCAAAGGAUUUGCAGGAUUUUGGGAUCGACGACCAGAAACAAAUGUGGAAGAUGAUGAGAAGCGUGUGGGUGGAGUUGUUGUUAUAUGGAGCAUGCCAUUGUAGAGGAGAUGCUCAUGCUCAACAACUUGCUAAAGGUGGGGAGCUUCUCACUUUUGUUUGGCUUUUAAUGGCUCAUUUUGGACUUGGAGAGCAGUUUAGAUUUCAGACAGUCGGGACAAGCUAAAGCCAAAAUAUAUAUAAUAGUUGUGAGAUUGGAGUUCAAACUUCAAAACACUCAUGUUGUUUGAUACCUGAUUAGAAUUUAAAAUUAUUACUAUGUGGAUGGGAUUUAAUCUAGGGUUAAGUAAAUUCUGUUAGGACUGUAUUGGUUGUGUUAGACUAUGACUCUCUCUCUCUCUCUCUCUCUGUAUUCUUAUAUGACUAUCUUCCGUCUUUGGUUAAUGUUAUGUUAAACAUUCAUAUCCUCAUCUGGUAUCAGUUAUUCAGGUUAUCUUCCAUGACAGUUCUCGGUGUGAAUGAUGACGGUUCUGUU